AUGGAGGUUACCACGCGCCGCAUUCGCGCCCAAGUCGAGGUGUGCUACCUUGACGUUGCCGAGAAGCUUGUGCGCGACGUCAAGCAGAGUAUCCUUUGCGCUGCAGCCGAGGCCGAGGCUGCAUCCGAUGAACGAAGCGCGCGGUUUGUGUGCGCACUGCGUCUGUCGCUGCAGCGCCACCUCAAGCGCAGCGGGACGAGUGUCAUGGUGACGAGUCUGCCGGCGAUCUCCAGUGGCGUCUUUGACUGUGACGAUCGAGGGCCGUCCAUCUUCUCUUGUGACAGUACGAAGGGAAGUGCACUCAACGUGCCAGCAACGCUGUUGGGCCACGUCGACAAGCUCGCGAUCUUGUUGCGGCCGUGCUCGGUGUGGAGUGCCGAGAUGGCGGACAGCGCCCUCGAUCUCAUUCGCGACGAAGCGUACGGCGCGGUCGAUGGCAUUGUGCCGCGCUGCGGCGAGCCGUGUCCGUGGUGUCAAUGCCCCUGCACGAAAGCUUUGGGCCACGCUUCGAAGAGCGUAUACGAUCGACUGCACGACGCGCCACACCAGCCGUCGGGGCUUGUUGGUGCCUAUAAGUCGUCGACAGAGGAGCUAUCUCCAUACAGCUGUGCACAGUCGGUGGUCCAAGGCCGCUGGAUGAAGUACCGCGGCAAGUCGUCGCGCUUCAAGGACUUUGAAAAGGUCUUUCCAGCGUGGGCGACGCCGCAUGUGACGGUACAUUUGCCGCUGCGCGAGUACAUCUUUGCCGACUGCCAGGACGAGCUCGCAGACAUGCACGAUUUGCGCAAGUGCGUCGACAUGCCCGCUUCGUACGCUCACGACCUUGGUGACAUUGAACGGUCGCUGGAAGACUUGCUGCGCUAA